AUGCCCACGGUGGAACAAGUUGAGCAAGUGGUUAAAUCCAUCAUAUUCCGAGCGAAACGCGAUGAUCGACUCGGGUACGUCCGGUUUCUCUACUCGUGCGGUCGUGCGGAGACGUCGAUCAAGUCCGUCCGCCGGCAGGUGGAGAAAGAGCUGCACAUGGAGGAAGGGGAAUGUGAUCGCUGGAAAGGGGAGAUCAAGUUGGCUGUCAAUUGGGCCCUGGACAAUGACGAGCCUGAGCCUGGGGAGGAACCGGCUGGGGAGCCUAGCACAUCGGGGACGAAGGGGAUGAAACGGAAGAGUGAGGGGGGAGAGAAGCCUGCUAAGAAAUCGAGGCCGAGCGAGGAUAAGGAUGAUGGGGUGAGGCAACCGGUGAAGGCUGGAUCGAGUAGCGAGCAUUUGGAGGGAGAUGAGGAGUCCGGAGAGCAGUUGCUGUCCCCUCAAAAACCCUCAUCUAAGUUGACAGAAGACAAGGAAGGCGAGGGGAAAGAGCCCUCAGCCAAAAAAGUCGAUGAUAGCGAGACCGACAUGAGCAGCGUCUACGACUCCCCUCCCGCCCACAAGCGCUCUAAAGCUGAAAAGACCGCCAAACCCAGCGGGGAAAGGCGGCGGCGGCGGAAGGAAGCUCCUCCCCCCUCCGGGUCGGCAGAGGAAGAUCUCGCGCGGCUCAAAAAAUUCGUAACUGCGUGCGGAGUGAGAAAACAGUGGAAUCGCGAGCUUGCUGGGUUGUCCCCCAGCGAGCAGGUUAGGCAUGUCAAGCGGCUCCUUAGCGAGCUGGGGAUGACAGGCCGGUUAUCGCUAGACAAGGCGAAGAAGAUCAGGGAGAAGAGAGAGCUGGCGCAGGAGAUCGAGGAUGUGGUGGAGUUCGAGAAGGCUCGGGGGAUGUCGGCGAGGAGGACCAGAGGGGCUGUAGCGAAGCAGAAAGUGGAAAGCGCGAGUGAAGCCGAGAAGAAGAAGAAGGAGGAGGCGGAGGAUGUCGUUGAGCGAAAAGUGGGUCUACAGCAUUCGGAUGGGAGCGUGCUGAUGGCUGACGGGGAGCAGAAGAAGGAACAAGACCUGUUGGCGUUUAUUGGUGAUCAGAGUGAGGAGGACUGA